AUGUCUGCGUCCAUCUUCUUCAUCCUUUUCUUCACUUCAAUCUUCCUUGACAUAGAGGCCUCAAAUGGAAACUGCACACAUGGGACACCCGAUAUUCGAUUUCCUUUUCAAUUAAGAGGGCAUCAGCGUCAACACUGUGGUCACACUGGUUAUGAGCUUGACUGCAAGAACGGAACAACCAUAAUUCACUUCCCAUCCUAUGGUGAUUUGGUAGUGAAAUCCAUCUCUUAUGAUAUCAAAAAACUCGAUCUUAAUUACCCGAAGAAUUGUGUCCAUGAAGUUUAUCUUAACCUCAAUCUCUCCCUUACUCCAUUUCAGUAUUACCAUGCUGUGAAAGAGUACUCAUAUCUCAAUUGUUCAGUUAGGAUUUCACCUCCUUUGAUAGAAGUCCCCUGCUUAAGUGGCUCUGACUAUCACGUUUACACUGUGGACCCUUCUUUAGCUGUCCCAGAUUCUUGCAGUCUUGUAAAAACCAUUCCUAUUCCUUUUAUGUAUAGCCCUUAUCUCAGUGACAAUAGUUUCGGUCUCGGAUUAACUUGGAGCUUACUUGGCCAUGAAGAUUGUGAGGCAAAACAAGGCCAGAGUUCAUUGCAUCCUAAAAGAGAACAACAAACCUAA